AUGUUUUUGCUUUCGAAUAAACUUCCAAUCCAUGUGCAAAUCAAGAGUCUGGAUCGACGAAAGUGGCUCGCUGAAGAGGACAUCCGCAUCAUGAGACUCGUUGAAGUCCUGGAACUUUCUAAUGGUUUCAUAUUUCAACACCUGUUAUCAACCACUCAAUCAUCUGCGCAAGCUAUUUUAGAAAGGAUUUUUCAGUCUGCAAUUCGACUGCAGGAUUUCAAGAUUAUUGAGAUCAUGCUUCAGGCAGGAAUCAGUCCGGAUCUUCCUAUCGUCUCAUGUGAAUCUGGCAAAGAGCUAUUGGUGUCGCCUCUGGAGGUUGCCGCGAGUAUUGAGAACAGAAGUGUUUCCCUUCGAUUGACUCGCCUUCUUCUUUCAUUCCAGGCCAACAUCCACCAAUUCAAAUCGAAGCCUGCUCUUCAAAUCUGCAUUGAGAUGAUGGGAGACUAUUCAAACCCUAACAGAGAGCUCCCUACGGAGCUUUCUGCCGAACGAGAGAAUUUGGAACUUCUUCGCCUGCUUUUGAAGUCCAAUCCUGAUCUGGAAACACGAUUUCGGGGAUUUGGAGCAAGGGGUCCAAAAGUCACAGCACUUGGUCUUGCGGUAACUCUUGGGCAACUACAAGCAGUCAAAGUCCUUAUUGAGCACCGCGCGAACAUUUAUGCAGCCCAGCAGACGUAUCUGGAUAGCGACUAUCCAAAAUUCAAAACCGAUCUUCUUGGCCUCGCCUCCAAAAGAGGAGAUAUGGCAAUGAUGCGAAUGCUUUUCGAUAUUUCUUCGAACCAGAGAAGCCAAACCACUCUUUGCUACAAACUUAUCGAAUCUCUCAUUCUUGCCGUGACUUUUAGUCACGAGGAGGCCACAAAGCUCCUUCUGACCGCAGGAGUUGCUGUCCAGGCUGCUGACAAUUUUCUUAUGGCAAGAGACGCUAGCCACAAAACGCUUGUGGAAAGAGCUUUGGCCCAGCAAAGUCGCAGGCUACAUCUUACUCUGCUAUCUGCAGGGGCAGUGCCAGUUGAUCGACAAGCUGUUAUAGACUCCUACAGCUUCGAUCUUCUUCGUUCAAUAAAGGCAAACGAUGUAAGAGUUGUGACAGAUAUGUUAAGCUGGGGAGCUCCACCAGAUGACGUCUACGAUGAUUUCCCAGAUAGCGCCCUUGGUGCAGCCAUUGCACAAGGAAGCUGUGAGCUCAUCAAACUCCUCAAAAUUGCAGGUGCUACGGCCGAAGAUCUUCGAAUUCCAUGCAUUCCAGAUAUGGAAACAGUAUGCUGCCUGACGGAAAUCGGAUUCCUCCCGACCAUUCUGAUCAACAGUGGUCAAAUGAUCCUCACCUGUGCCAUUCUGAAAGCCAAAGACGACAAACUGAUAAACCAUCUCUUGAGCUGUGGCGUUGAUCAGCAAGAGAUGAGACUUGGAUUUCCUGAAAGUUUCGAAUAUUGGUUAGACAAUUUAGGGUUACCAGAAUGUCGAACCCCACUAGAGGCUGCCCUCUCACGACGAAAUAUGGCACUGGCACAAGUUCUCAUCCGCAGAGGGGCGCGGGUUUCGGAGAAUGAGCUCAAUGCGAUUGUCUGGCAAGCGGUAAUAACGGACGAUGAAAUAAUCGUUCCGCAAUUCCUUGCCAUGUUUUCGACCCCUUUCCAGGCGCCGACUGCGAUGGGGAUGGCAGUACUUUGGGGAAGAAGGGACAUUUUUCUAGCACUCCUCGAGUUCGGAAUCGACCCGAAGGGCUAUGUUUUUAUAACCGACCCUCCAGAUGAGGACGAAGAAGUCACUAGCCAUAAUUCAGGCUGGUGGCAUUUGGAGCCUGAAGGUAUUAUGUCGUCAGUUCUACAGGUCGCAGCCUCAAAGGGUGACCGCUGUACCCUGCAGCUUUUCCUCAACUCGGCGAAUUGGUCAGAAGAGGACAAAGGGCGCGCUCUCACAGCCUCCAUUUUCUGGAGAAAUUAUCAUAUUGUGUCUGAUUUGUCCGAAGCUGGUGCGAGUGUAAAUCAAGGAAUCUUGGAGACAUUCGCAUUAUCUGAUAGGUAUGUCCAGCACAUGAGAUACUCCCAAGAGCCAUUUGAAUUCCAAGCUAACAUCAGCUACAGAGUGAACACUGAAAUGCUGCCUUUGCAACUGGCUGUAAACGCCAAUAAUAUCGAUAUGGUAAAAUACCUUCUAGCAAUGGGUGCAAAAAUCAACCAACUCGAAGCAGGCGUCGGUGGCAAAACCCCCCUACAGGUCGCUGCAAAAAAUGGCAACGCCGAACUUCUCACGCUACUUUUGGACCACGGAGCGGAUGUGAAUCAUCCCCCUGCAACAAACAUGGGGGCCACUGCAUUACAAUUUGCUGCCAGUGAGGGUCAAAUUGAAAUUGUUUGCCAUCUUUUGGACAUUGGCGCUGAUGUGAAUGCCCCGAGGUCGCAGAUUUUUGGGAGGACAGCCAUGGAAGGAGCCGCAGAGCGUGGUCAUCUUGACAUACUGCAGCUGAUCAUCAACAAUGGGGCUCAGACCGACGGUCUUGGUCGUGGGCAGUUGAUCCGGAGUGUGAAACUAGCUGAGAACAACGGUCAUUUUGCUACAGCUCGCCUUUUAAAGUCGACUUGUGGAUGGUCAGAGGCAGAUAAAGCCCGUUGUUCCCUAGAACGGUUUGACGAGCAAGAACAUCUGAGGUAG